UAUGCGGCCCGGGGAAAUAUUCCCAAGGAGACCUCUUAAUUUUGCCAUAUCUGGUGCUCCUUGCAUUAAAGGUAAAAAAAAGUUUCCAGCUCAACCUAUUAAACUAGGCAUAACUAAGAAAAAAAUCAUUAAAACUCCGUGUCCUGAGAUAAGCAGUGAAAAUAACUGACAAUCCUUGAUAUUUUAUAUCAGUGAUCAAAAGUCUUUCCCGAACCGUACGUGAUAGUUUCCCAUCAUACGGCUCUCCAUGGGGAUACAAGAUCUUCAGUACAACUUUUUUUAUUUUUGUUAUAACCCUGGACUAUACUUUUUCCCUGUAUGUAACUUAAUGUGACAUU